AUGCCCCCCCCCGAUCCCGAGAUCAGAAUCAACCGGCCGAACUUGACCUCCAUCUUGCCAUCUCCAUGUCCAUCUCCAUCUCCAUCUCCACCCCCACCUCCAUUUCCACCUCCACCUCCACCUCCACCUCCACCUCUCCCUCCCCAUCUUCAAUCUCACGAUGCCGGAGGGCGACGUCCUUUCCUCCCUCCUCGCCUCGACGCAGUUCGCGCGACCCCGACGUUGGCCAUCAUGGAUCCCCUCCACAUCACCGAAUUCGCCUCGGAGCGAUACUUCAGUAAGCUGAAGCAGCUGAACGAACCCUCCAACGAUGCCGCCUCCUCCCCCCCCUCCUCCUCCUCCGCCUCCGCGGAAGCCCCAUCCCAAGGGGCAGCGGCAGCGACAUCUCCCUCGCUACACACCGGCAAUACUUUUUCUCUGCCGCUGGGACGACAGCGGUCACUGGAUGAUGGGCUCCCUCCUCUUACUCUCAAGCCUAGCGAGCAGAAGAAGCGAUCGCUAGGCCACGACCUCACAGCUCUGCGGACGCAGCGACGGCCUAGCUUCACCGGUUCAUUUGGCAGAUUGAGCUCCAGGGUGAACAUAAUUCACAAGGUCCCCUCGAUCCUUGAACAUCGCGAGGAGACUCUGGCCCAGGACCCAACUGCGCCCCAGACCUUCAACCUGAGUAACUUCUUCCUCGCCCUACCAAACGAACUUCAAGCCCAUAUCAUUGCGCCUCUACCGAUACAUACGGUCCUCAUGCUGCGACUAGUAUCUAAGUCAUUUCACACCAUUGUGACACUGAAUGAACCGACAAUUGCUCGCUAUCACAUCGUCAAUACCCUCCCAGCUUACGCCUUACGCCUCUAUCCAGCUCCCGAUCCCGCGUCGAUCAACCUUCACUACUUAUGUAGCCUCUGGCACCGUCUCCACGUGGCCGAGAAGCUCUCCACCAUGAUAGCAGCACAGGCCACGAAAGAGAUAUUUCUCCGUAACACAGACGCGCUCCGACUCGAAUUCGAGCCCCAACAUAGACGCAUGCGGCAGCGUCUGAUGCCGCUCGUCUUUACACUCUUCCAUUUUUUUGAAACAUACCGCGAAAUCCACAUACACCGGCUGAACAACGGGCCGCCCUUACGCCAUCAAGCGUAUACCGUGAAUCCCAUUGAGGCCCAGGUAAUGAGCAUGUACGACGACGAAACACUUUUGAAAGUCCACCAAGUCUUCCCCCUGGUAGUCUCGUCUUUCUCCCGAAGGUUACGACCCCCUUCGUACGUCGGAACGCUUGAGCGCUCCAUCAAAGGAUACCUGAAGGACCGACCCCCGGACGAAGUGUACGCCACCAUCCUCGCAGUCGGUGGCUUGCGCCAAGCCCAGCGCUUCUGGGAAACAAAAGGCUACAACGCCCGCCGCGCUGCCGUUGAUAUAUGGUACGGCUUCAUCACGUGGGCUUCUGUAGAACCGGCCCCCACCAAGUCCAAAAAAUCUCUCAUCUCACACCUCGGGCGCAAGAAAUACUCCAAGGUCCCGGAAUCCUCCUCCUCAACCCCAUUAUCAGAUACCGCCUCACACGAUGCGAUGUCCUGCCGCGAGUGGUUCUGCGUAAAGCCAACCUGUAGCGCCCCUUCGUCUCAUCGCCGCCCCCACUCAACCGACAACCUGGUCUUCCACUCGUCGCUCGCAGCCGGACCCCCUAUGCCACCGCUCCCGCGCGACCAGCUGCGUCUCAUACUCCCGGAUCUCCAGCAUCUGAGCAACAUCUGGAUGCAUACGGCUGAGGCGAUGAUCUUAGGGCGGGGCAUUGUCGGCCGGCCGCAGGACAUCAAGCGGAACACGCAGGUGCUGCUGGACCUGAUCCAUGAUGAUGGAUCUGAGAUGAGGGAGGAAUUUGUGGUGGCCCCCGAGGUGAGGGCACAGCGGGCGAUGCUCAUCUUGGAUUAG